AUGGUGUAUAAUACGGAUCGGGGUUUGAUCUGCGUUGGAGUACAUGCCGUUGAUACUCUUCCUUGGAGAUUAGAGCACAAGGUUAUUGUAUUGGGAGGAGAAGAAGCUUGGAGAGAGACUUCGUGUAUCGCCUUUCCUCAUAUUGGCUAUACCCAGGGGAUGUGUAUGAACGGUACCCUCUACUACGGAGCUGCCUGGAAGGACACUCAUUCCCCGGAUAGUAAUUCUAUAAUUGUGAGUUUUGAUGUUAGGCUUGAAACGUUCAACAUCAUCAAUGUACCAAGCAAACUUCUACCAGUGGAUUAUGAGAAUAUGUGGGUAGUUAAGACGUUGAUUCCUACAGAUAAAACUCUGAUCAACUACAAAGGAAAAGUUAGUGUGGUUGAGCAUCCUCGUGAGGGUGCUUUUCGAAUGUGGGUUGUAGAAGAUGUUGAGAAAGAGGAAUGGUCCAUGAACACGUUUCAUUUGCAUGAAUCUGUUGUUGGCCUUGACUUCAAGGUCAUGAAUACCUUUUAUACUGGCGAGAUUUGUCUGGUUCCAAAAGUAUUGUUGACAAGUAUUGUUGACGAUCACUUUUGUCUUUUCUAUUACAAUUUGGAGAGGAAAAGCAUGAGAAGUGUCACAAUUGAAGGACUGCCUAUACCCGAGCUUAAGCGACUCCGUAAUGACCUGUGA